ACACACAACUAGAAACUUCCGACCAACUCAUGCCAGCGAGUUGCCCACGUCUAUCACUGCGGGGGCAGACGGGAUCGGACGAAGCUUUUGAUAACUCAGCAGAAUGCCAUCUUACCCCCUCGGCCAGUGCUCGGACCUGGAAAAGAUGAUGUGCAAGCAGCUGUUGAAUCUCGACUUGAGGGAACAGAGCAGGCCGCAACCAUCCCUCAGCAUGGCAAUGAGAACGCCGGGUUACAUCGGUCAGUCACGUAGCAACACAUCGUUUUCCCUCUCGUCUCUCCCUUGUCUCCCCACUGAUCCAGCGGACGGUGUAUUUCUAACCUCCAGCCAAUGGGGGCAGCAGUCAGAAAGCCCACUGCCCUCCCAGCUUGCCAAUUCUGCCCAGUGGGGAAAGUCAGACUUCCUUGCCCAGCGCUCCAUCAGCAUGAUAGAGACCAGCAGUGCCACAGCAGCAAACCUUGGCUGGUGCGGGACUGACAUCAAGCACUCCCAAAGUGACAUCAGCCCCACUGCACUAAACACUAGCUCCUCCUCGUCCAACUCGUCUAUUUCCUCUUCACGCUAUAAGACUGAACUGUGUCGAUCUUUCAAUGAGAGCGGCUUGUGCAAGUAUGGCGGGAAGUGCCAGUUCGCCCACGGUCCAGAAGAGCUGCGGGAUCUUAGCAGACAUCCAAAAUACAAAACUGAGCCGUGUCGUACGUUUCACACCAUUGGCUUCUGCCCGUACGGGAUGCGCUGCCACUUUGUCCACAACGGUGAGGAAGAAAAGAAACCCUCCUUCUCUCGUUCUUCCUCCUCCUCUUCCUCCUCCUCCUCAAGCCUUAUCCAGCAGCCACCUUCCUCCUCCCGCUUGAACAGGCCUCCCCUUGUCAGACAGAGCUUUAGCUUUGCUGGGUUUCCCUCUGCUCCCCUGCAACCCCUUCAGCCUGCCCAUGCUCUUCAUCCGCCUCCUGCCGCUGCUUCUUUCACACGCGCCCCAUCGGCCUCUCCUCCUUCCUGCGCCGACAUUACCGACCUCCUUUCUAAUGCCUUCCUGGAGAUGGACUCUGCCUUCGAGGCCUCCCCUGCCCACCAGUACCAGCCCCCCAUGGGCCAGGCCACUGCAGCGGAUCCCCGGUCUCCAUUCCUGCCUUCCCCAGACUCCGGCUGUUGUCAAUGUGGGCUGUCUCCCACUGCCUCCCCUUCCCUGAGGCAGAGUCCCGGUGCUACUGGGGUCUUUUCGGGGCCACUGGGUGCCCGAUCCCUGUCCUACACCUCUCUGUCAGACCAGGACCAGGAUGGAAGGAGCUCUGCUAGCUCGCUCAGUGGCUCUGAACCCUGCGGUGGCACCGGCGAAGCCAAUGGCAGACGUCUGGCGGUAUUCAGUCAGCUCUCUGUUCCUGAGGAUGCUACUGAGUUCUGCCUUUAGGCUGCAGUGUGCCAGAGCACAAACACACACACUCAUGGUAUUCAGACACAGACAAGCAGACACUUAAUACUCAGUUGAGACACAAUAUAUGCAGUACACACAUAUCCAUGCUCAAGCACACACAGUGCGUACACACUGGACCCCUAUAAAUGCACACCUACUACGCACACAGCCACUGGACUGAGACCUCAGACGUUCUUUGCACCUGUGUGGCGUCAAAGGAAACCAAGUCAAAGGACUUGGUGACUGACUCAGAACGUUCAGAGAGAUUCGCCUGUUAGAUUUUUGUGGUUAAAUGUCACUGGCGUACAUGUAAGGGAAGCCACAGUGACGCUGAAACUAAAAUGUGUGUUGCCACCAAAACAGAAUACAUAUUAAGAUAUAAGUUUAAUGUGCUGGAAGCGUUUGAUGCCUUAUCUCAUCUGUAUGCUGAGCUGGCAAAAUGCAACAAAAAUAUUGUAAUCACAGUGUGAUAAGCCGAUCAGUGCCGCCUGUUGUUGGGUCCGACCACAACAUUUAUAUUUCAUUUUACUAACCAUCUUCUGAGUGAUCUAAAGAAUGUGACAAAGCCAAAGACACCUGGUCUGAUUAUGGUGGUACACACACACACAAUGUGACUUAUGUUUAGGAAUUGUUGUUUUUCCAUUAAAUGUACACAGUCUGUUUAUAAGCUGUUGAAAUAUUUUUUCCCUCAUAACUGUACAGUCUGAGGUCAUGUUUAGAUCACUGGCCUUGAACCUGAAUGUUAAGUUUUUAAACAACAGAAGUGCCUGUAGAGUUAUUUAACAGGUCGUGUUACAGUGUUGAAACAAGAUUUGCCGGUUUGUGAGGAUGUGACAAGGGGUGUGAGUCUUUUUUUUUUUCUUUUCCCCCAAGUAAGCUAGUGUGAGUACUCUGUGUUAAUAAGAUUACUGCUGUUGUUCUUUUGUCUCUCCUGCAUUAUUAACAAACUACCACCAGUGAAAUGCCAAAUGAUCACCAUUUAGCCUUUAACCCUCAGUUUGAACCUAACAACAUGGCCAAGUGUGCCUGAGUACACUGUAAAAUCUCAUGUUCGGGUCACAUCUUUAACUGUAGACAGAGCGUGGGACUUUAAUGGGCUUCGAUGUGCGAAGUGUGCCGGCACAAAAAGCAGGCGUUGCAGAAAAUCCAUCAACGUUGAGAGUCAAAGAUGGACCAAAAAAAAAACUAAAUGAAGUGCCAUCACAUUAUUCUGCUGCUUCUUAUGUGUAAACUGAUAUGAUCUGAACAUAGCUUGAGUUCCAAGGCACUUGACGCAGAAGUGAAGUUCAACCAAGCCGCGAAUGUUUCAUCACAGUCCCAUCUUACCUCUGGCGUGUUUCCUAAAACCUUCGAGGUGCUUGUGUGUAUUUCAGAUUAUCUUAAACAAACAUUCCCCAGAGUGUAGUUUAUUUAGUCCUCUCUUGUCCACAGGCAACACCAGUGAUACACGUUAUUGCUAAAUAUUAUGUUUUUGUGACUCUCACUCCACUCGCAGUAUUUCAUCUCUCCUUUUCAUUCAGUAUUACUUCCUCCUGUUACAGCUUUGUACUGUUAUGAAUGUGUCCUGGUCACACGUAUGUGAACUGUGCACUCAGGUCUGGCCUUGCUGAGCUAGAUCCAGCGUUCUGUAGGGUUAGGGUAUGUAUGCUUAGUGUUACAGAAAUUUUACUUGGCUGUUUUAUGUGUUUAUGAUGUAGUUGCUUAGGAGAACAGACACCAUGCUGUUACUGGUCUAUUUAAAUUUGCCUUUUCAUCAACAUGUUUGAGGCCUGUUUAGUGUUAAAGGUAAUAAUCUUUAGUAAAUUAAUUUCUUUAAUUUAUUUUAACGUAUUUAUAGAGGACUUUGAGUUGUUAAUGCUUGUAUCAAGUUUAAUAUAUUUGUUUUUCUUGUUUGUUUUUUUUGUACUGGAAAUAA